UCCCUCAGGCCCUCGUAGUUCCCCGCCCCUGGGCCUGAGGGCUGUAUCUCUGCAUUCGAGCGGUUUUCGGGAGGAAGGGCCCGGGGUUUAGUUGGCUUGGGACUUUCGGCAUUUACAUGGGUCUCCCCAGCCUGUGGGGCCCUGAGUGGGGAUCGGCACUAGUACCGAUGAGAAAGUGACCCAGAGCUGGAGGAAGAAGAGGAGGAAAUGGCAGCUUCUCAGGGACUUCUGACAGUCAAGGAUGUGGCCAUCGAUUUCUCUCCAGAGGAGUGGGAAUGUCUGGACCUCGGUCAACGGGACCUGUACAGAGAUGUGAUGAUAGAGAUCUGUAGGCACCUGGUCUCCUUGGAGUAUGUUAUCUCUAAGCCAGACCUGGUUCGCCUGUUGGAACAAAAGACAGAUCCCUGGGAUGUGAAGGGAAUGGAGACAGUAGCCAUACAGCCAGUGUGGGAGCACUCAACCCUCUGAGGAAAAAGGCCCAAGGAAGGUUUUUGUUUUGGUGGGUCUAUAGGAGUGCUAAAGAUGUGGAGAGGCAAGAAGAAGUUGGUGAGAAUGAUGAUAAGAUUUCAAAAUCAGAUUCAUGGAUAAAGUGAUGUUUACCUGUGUGAAUCAAUGAGAGGUAGGAGCAAAUUUAAGGAAACCAGAUACAAUAUUUUCUGAAUCAAUGUAAUGUCUUAGAAAGGUUGAAAAGCAUUCACAUUUUGAUACAGUGAAUUGAAUUUUUGUGGAAAGCUAACAUUUAAAUCUCAUUUAUUAAAUGUAUUGGAAUGAAGAAUAGACAGCAUAGUAACUUGACCUUUAGCUCACCUCUUCUCACAAGCACACAACAAUCACAA